UGUAAAUUUUAAUGCUUAUUUGUUGUUCAGUGUAGUUUUUGACCUAUUUCUUGUUCCCCUUGUAUAAUAUUUUUUAUUCAGAUAAUAUUCAAAAAUGUGAAUAACACAAUUCUUACUCAUUUUCCUGUAAAUUAUUAAAAUUACUCAAAUUAAACCUAAAAUUAUAAAAACUACGGUAAAAUUAUAGCUGUUACUGUAAACUGUUGUAAAUUAUAGAAAUAUUAUAGGAAUAAAAUUGGAAUAAUAAUGAAUUGGAAAGGCCCAUAUGUAGGAGCAUUAGUUUUGGACGUUGGUCAUUCUACUAUAAGGGCUGGAUAUUCUGGAGAGAGUUUGCCCUCUCAGUUGUGGUCUUCUGCGGUCGGAAUUGGCUCUGGAGCUGACGUAUUCCCAGUCAUUCCAGGGUCAAGGUAUCGCAUUAAGAACGUAGAACACGUUAAAUACUACGAUACAGAGAAUAAAGGGAUCGUAAUUAACAGGAACGCAUAUUCUAGAGCUGUGAGAGGAACACUUUCAGGACGUGUUUAUGACAAGGCUAUGAUUGAGCACUUGAAGGAAUCCUGUAAUGGUACUGAUUUUGAUGAGGUUUCGUUACUGGUAGGGGCUCACAAACAUGACGGUGAAUGCUGGGACAAUUUUAGUAAUUAUAUGAUAGCAGGGGCUAACUUGGAUAAAAUUCCGGGCCGAGAGCUCCUGACCCCCGCCAACGUUGUCGAAUUCAUGCACUCAUUUAACUCUGUGUCCUCCGGAUUGUCCGAGGUUUCAGGCUCCAGACCAGUCUUCAUAGUUGAAGGCAAUGAGACAAGCAGGAAGAAUCGGAUGGUUGAGACUGAAGUGUUAUUUGAGGACUUAGGAGUGCCGGGAGUACACUUUGGGCAUGGUGGUCAGUUAGCCUCAUAUUCCGUGGGUCUUUUCAGCUCUGUGGUGAUAGACAUUGGGAGCUCCACCACAUCAGUAACUUUUUUGGCCGAUGAUGAGGUUGCAGGCUGGAAGGAACACAGCGUUGGAGGAGACCACGUAGACUCUAUUAUCCUAAACCUCCUGGCUGGAACCAACGAGACUAAUUUAUCAUAUAUAAUGAAUCACCCGGAGUACAACUUGGGGGUAUCAACCCUAUCCAACAUCUCAGUGAACGACGCAGUUGAGAUAGGAAAACGGCAGUUCAACAAGGAAAUGAGCCUGAAUGUGUAUAACAUUCAUCAUGACGUGAGGACUUUGAAGGAAAGUAUACUAAGAGUUUCACCGGUACCCCUGGUGGUAGACUCAGAGCUCAACUUCACAGCCCAGUUACCAGAUGGGGAGUCUUUUGAAAUUUCCGAGGAGGGAUCAAAACUGAGACCAAAUUCUAAAGUUAAGGGUAUGCUGCCUGAGAUACCGUUGGACGCCAAGAGCAUAAAUAGUCUUGAUAAAAUUAACCCAUUUCAGCUGGUUGGAAUAUCCUGUGAAGUUUUUUUCAACCCUCAAAUUGCUUAUGUACCCAAAUAUAUGGAUUUGGGGUCUUUUAAGGGACUAGUGCCCAUUUGUGAAGAUCUCUUGAAGGAUAAUUCGACGUAUAGGAGGGACAUUUUCGGUCAAAUUGCACUGGUCGGGGGGUUGUCAGGAGCUUCAGGACUUCAGGAGAGGUUAAACAUUGAGAUGAACAGAGCAUCAGCGAAGACGCCACAAGAAUCACCCCUUUCAGGAACAAAAUGUAAGUUCGUUGCCUUCAAUUCCAAGGCAGCAAGUAGGCACGCCGGCUGGAUCGGAGCCUCAAUCAUCUCAAGCCUGGGUUCUUUCCACAAAUGCUGGAUCUCAAGACUAGAAUAUAAUGAACACGGACCUAACAUCGCUAAUCGUAAAGGUCCAGCUCAUAAUUACAACAAAUAAUUUUUUACACCCUUUUCUG